AUGAUACAUGAUAUUGUUCUUUGCCUUUCGUUUUAUUUGGGUCUUAAUAGACGCAGGCACGUCUUCUAUAGAUCAGAAAUAUUCAUUUUUACUGCGGUAUUGCUGGCUCUCUUACGUGGCCACACACAUCCUCUUUUUCUUUCAUCAUUCUUUGCAUUUGUUGUUCCAUUUUCUAUUGAAAACAUCAUUUCUCUUCCAGUUUCAAUAGGAUUUGAGCCCUGGAAGUACUUUUUCCAGAUAUAUAGCACUGCUACUGAAUCAAAGCAUUAUGUUAUGUACUUGGUAUUCAUUCUAACACUAUUCUGCUUUGCACAGGCUCUUAAUUUAAAAAUAGGUAACAAAAACAUAGCACGAAAAACCUUUCAUUUCUUGGGAUUCCUCACCUUUUCCAAAAUGCAGAAGUUGAACAUUCUCUUGGGAUGCUUGACCGUAUACAUCUCAGUGUGGAUCUGUACCAUAGCCCUGAUCACUAAACAUCUGACAUUCUUGACCAAGGAAGCUGAAGUGCAGAAAGAUUGCUAUUCUCUGACAUUUCUGGUUUUUAUUUUGACUUAUUCACAGGUUGUCCUCGAAAAAAGAGAGUUUUAUAAACUUUUGAUUUCAAUAUGCAUCCUGGAUUCGUUUGCAUCAUUUACAGGUGAUAUUUUGAAGAAAAAGAAAAAAUCAUGUGAGGGGAUGAUUGUUGGAAUUGUUGCCUCCUGUACAGCAGAAUUUCUCACUUUAAAGUCAAUUGAUGUCUUGUAUCACCUAUCAAUUGGCAUGAUAGAAUACAGAUGCUGUAUAAAUGAUAAUAUUGCUAUCGGUUUAUCUAGCAUCUGCUAUCAUUUACUACAACGCGAGCUUUUCCCUGGCCAGUGCCUAGAUUGCGUGCCUGAAUGA